AUGGCGGGGCAUGGGGCUGGUGGGGGUGGGGAGGAUAGGGUAACAGAUAUUAGAAAUGCUUGCUCGUUAGAAAAGGAAGACAGGGUAGUAAGGGUGGAUAGCCACAGUCUGAACUCCAGUAAAAUAAAACAAUUCAGUGGUCUGUACAUGGACCUCCAUUGUGUGUAUUACCAAAAGCCUCUGCUGGAAUCAGGCACCCUGGGCACCAAGGGGAACGUGCAGGUGGUCAUUCCCUUCUUGACAGAAUCUUACAGCUCUCAGGACCCACCUGAGAAAUCCAUCCCCAUCUGCACACUGAAGAACUUCCCCAAUGCCAUUGAGCACACCCUACAGUGGGCUCGGGAUGAAUUCAAGCAGUCAGCAGAAACUGUUAACCAGUACCUCACGGAUCCCAAGUUCACGGAGCAGACACUGCAGCUGGCUGGCACCCAGCCUUUGGAAGUACUGGCAGCUGUACAGCAUAGUCUACUCCUGCAUAGGCCACAGACUUGGGCUGACUGUGUGACUUGGGCCUACCGCUACUGGCACACACGGUAUUCUGACAAUAUCCAGCAGUUGCUGCACAACUUCCCUCCAGACCAGCCCCUGCAUCUGGACUGCGUGAUGGCUGCUGUCAACCUGUUUGCCCAGACUAGGAGGGUCCCACCACAGCGCUGCUGUGGCCAGACUCCUGCAGUCUCUGCAGCUCCCCAAUUGGCUCCCAAGUCUGCAUUAAGGAUUCACGUUUCUGAGCAGGAAUUCCAGAGCACCAGUGCCACAGUUGGUGAGAAUGCUUUGUCAUGA